AUGCAGUUAAUACAAUUUCGCACAGGAAUUAUUCUCUUGUUUUUAACAGCAGAAAUUUACUGUGAAGCUCCGCUCCCAGGAAAGAAUUAUUUACCUCCGAGUACAAGUUAUGGUACUCCGGAUUUAAGUUCUACUAAAACUAACGAAGCCCAUUCACCUUCCCCCUCUUAUGGAGCUCCUUCGACGAGUUAUGAUCCUCCUGCAGCAGGUGUACCUUCUGAAAUAGGAAAUUCUGGUUAUGCAUCACAAAACCAAAAUGGUAACGGAUAUUCCAGAGGGCCACAAGGUUCAUCAUCUCCAUCAAGCCAAUAUGGACCUCCUUCAAAUGGAAAUAAUCAUGGACACUCCAGUCAGCAGCCAUCAAGUCAAUAUGGACCUCCUUCAAAUGGAAAUGGAAAUGGAUACACAAGAAUGAACGUGGCACCUUCAAAUCAGUAUGGUCCUCCAUCCCACAGUAAUGGUCAAGGUGGAAACGGAUUCUCAGGAAACGGAUACUCUAGCAUGGCUUCUUCGCCUUCAAGCAAAUAUGGGCCCCCAACAAACGGAAAUAAGAAUGGAAAUGGAUAUUCUAGAGGACCUUCCCAACCUUCGAAUCAAUAUGGACCUCCAAUGAAUGGAAAUGGAUACUCAAAAAUGCCAUCUCAACCAUCAAAUCAAUACGGACCACCAACCCAUGGAAGUAGCUACUCUGGCUCACAAAGUCCACCUUCAGCCCAAUACGGACCCCCAGCUAAUGGAAAUGGAAGACCUGCAGCACCUUCCAGUCAAUACGGACCUCCAGCUAAUGGUAAUGGAAGACCCGCAGCUCCUUCCAGUCAGUAUGGACCUCCAGCUAAUGGAAAUGGAAGACCUUCAGCACCUUCCAGUCAAUAUGGACCUCCAGCUAGUGGAAAUGGAAGACCCGCAGCUCCUUCCAGUCAGUAUGGGCCUCCAGCUAAUGGAAAUGGAAGACCUGCAGCACCUUCCAGUCAAUACGGACCUCCAGCUAAUGGAAAUGGAAGACCUACAGCACCUUCCAAUCAGUAUGGACCUCCAGCUAAUGGUAAUGGAAGACCCGCAGCUCCUUCCAGUCAGUAUGGACCUCCAGCUAAUGGAAAUGGAAGACCUUCAGCCCCUUCCAGUCAAUAUGGACCUCCAGCUAAUGGAAACAGCUAUUCGGGUUCACAUAGUUCACCAUCAUCUCAAUAUGGGGCACCAUCUAGUGGAAAUGGAAAAAUUUCGACACCUUCAAGUCAAUAUGGGGCACCUGCUAAUGGUCAUAAUGGUAACGGAUAUAGUACACAAGCGUCAAAGUCAGCAAGUUCUCGAACCAACGGUAAUGUUCCUUCAAGUCAAUAUGGGCCUCCAAAUGGAGGAAACAGUGGAAGUGGAUACUCUAGCGGGCCUUCUCCACAAUCACCUUCAAGCCAAUAUGGAGCUCCAUCAAGUGGCCAGCAAGGAGUGUUUUUAAAAACCCUUUCACUUCCAUCAGCACAAUAUGGACCACCAUCAAAUGGAAAAGGUCAAAGCAAUAAUGGUUUUGGACAAAAUAGUUAUACUGCCCCUUCAUCUCAAUAUGGACCACCCAAUAACAGAAACAAUCAAGGUGGAAAUGGAUAUUCAAAUAGUGCAUCACCAUCUGCAUCAUAUGGAGCACCUUCUGCUCAAAAUAAUCAUCAUGGAAAUGCUGAAAAUACCAACAGUGUUUAUGCUUCUGAUGGAGGUUAUUCAGGAGGGCCGAUGAAUUCCUUCUCUCGUCCAAGUGUGCCUGAAACAAUUCAACAAUCUUAUGAUUCAAAUGGAGGUUAUCAAUAUUAGCCUAAACGUUAAAAAUAUCAAGUUUCAGUGUGCCUUAUCAUCGUAAAAUUUUUAAUAUUAUUUCAGCAAUUUCCAUUUUCAAUUUAACAGUUUCAAUGUAUAUAUCGUUUGAUCUCGUCACACUAAAUUUCAAUGAAACUGUUCUAUUUUAAAACUUCGAGCUUCUUCACAUUAUGGAAAAUAAAAGAAUAUUUAUAG